UUCAGAUCAGAAGAGAACAAACAACAUUUUCAAUCACAUCACAGCGACUCACAAUAAACAAUAAAGAUUCAACAAGAACAGCUGACAUGUUUACUACAAGCAACAUCACUGACCUAUUGUUUAUCUGAUUUAUUUUAUUAUUCGGCAAGUUAUUUCAAACCAGAGGCGUUUUCAGUUUGCAGUUUAUGGUCUGCAGAGUCCCUGCUGUCCUGAUAUCAGCAGGGAACUCGUUCCACCAAUCAGGAGCCAGGAGAGCAGGCGUGUUUUUGAGGGGUUCCACUUGCAGAGAGGGAGCAGUGAGCUGAUUGGCUGACGCCGAGCGAGGUGCACGUGAUGGAGUGUAUGGUUUAACCAAGGCCUGGAUGUAGAAAGGGGCUGACCUCCCCUCAGCUCUGUAGAGCAGGAUCUGGAAGAGGAUUCUGGAAGCAAGUGAAGGAAGCGGGGGAGAGGUGUGGUGGGGGAGGUUGAAGACUAGUUGGGCUGCAGCUUUCUGACUUAGCUGUAGAGGUCGGGUGGGGUUUGCAGGAGUGGGGUGCAGUAGUGGAGGCGUGAGAGGACCAGAGCCUGGACCAGGACCUGCGUUUCCUGACCUGGAGAAACCUGACCUGGAGAGACCUGACCUGGAGAGUCCUGACAGACUCAGAGAUGAAGGACAACAACAACAACAACAAUGAUCAGUGUGUGUCCCCUGUCCCCGGCAGUAACUGGAUCCAGGAUCAGCUGUUUGUUGAUUCUGCAGGGUACCUGGUGCUGCCAUGGCCCGGUGAAGAGGGGUCAGUGUCGGAGCCAGAACCAGAGCUAGAGGGUCUGGGGGGGCUGUUGCUGAGGACUGGGGCUCUGCUGGGACUCAUCUUCAUCUGUAUGGCGGUGUUACGGCGUUGGAUCGCAGGUGGAGUGUGUCGCUGUUCGACUCGUCUGGAUGGGAAGACGGUUCUGAUCACUGGAGCAAACACCGGCAUCGGAAAAGAGACAAGCAGAGAGCUGGCAGCCAGAGGGGCCCGGGUGGUGAUGGCCUGCAGGGACCUGACCCGGGCGGAGUCAGCUGCGGAGGAGAUCCGUCAGGAGACAGGAAACGGGAACGUGGUGAUCAGACACCUGGACCUCAGCUCCCUGUACUCUGUGAGACAGUUCACUAAAGAGUUCCUGCAGACAGAGGACAGACUGGACGUCCUGAUCAACAACGCAGGAGUGAUGAUGUGUCCUCUGUGGCUGACAGAAGAUGGGUUUGAGACUCAGCUAGCUGUCAAUCAUCUUGGUCACUUCCUGCUCACCAAUCAGCUGCUGCCGAUGCUGAAGAGCUCUGCCCCCAGCCGCGUGGUCAUUGUGUCGUCCAUCGCCCACAAGGGGGGUAAGUGUGCGUGUGUGUGUGUGUGUGUGUGUGUGUGUGUGUGUGUUGACUCUCUCUCUUCAGGACAGGUGGAUCUGGACGACCUGUCAUUCAGCAGCAGAGCCUACAGUCCUCUACAGAGCUACAGACAGAGCAAGCUGUGCAACGUGCUGUUCAGCAGAGAGCUGUCCUCCAGGACCAGAGGCUCCGGCGUGUCCUCCUUCUGUCUCCACCCGGGGGUGAUCCGCACUGAGCUGGGCCGCCAUGUGGAGGGAUGGUUCCCCCUGUUGGGGUCUCUGCUCAGCCUGCCCUCCCUGCUGCUGAUGAAGACCCCCCGGCAGGGCGCCCAGACCACCCUGUACUGCGCCCUGACACCGGGCCUGGAGGAACGGACAGGAUGCUACUUCAGUGACUGUUCAGAGAAGCAGGCCGCUCCGGAGGGGCGGGACGAUGCCAUGGCGAGGCGGCUGUGGGAGGAGAGCGCCCGAUUGGUCGGAUUAAAGGACGUCAGUUGACCUCUAACCUGGUGCAGGAACUCUUUUAGCUGCUGAAUGUUUAACCCUGUGUUUGAGAUUAUACUUAAAGCUUAAUGAAAUCCAGGUUUAGUCUCAUUCUGAUGCUUGAGAUGUGUAUGAUGGUGAUGAUGGUGAUGAUGAUGAUGAUGGUGAUGAUGGUGAUGAUGAUGAUGAUGAUGAUGAUGGUGAUGAUGGUGAUGAUGAUGAUGGUGAUGAUGAUGAUGAUGAUGGUGAUGAUGAUGAUGAUGAUGGUGAUGAUGAUGAUGAUGAUGAUGAUGAUGAUGAUGGUGAUGAUGAUGAUGAUGAUGGUGAUGAUGAUGAUGAUGAUGAUGAUGGUGAUGAUGGUGAUGAUGAUGAUGAUGAUGAUGAUGAUGGUGAUGAUGGUGAUGAUGGUGAUGAUGAUGAUGAUGAUGAUGAUGAUGAUGAUGAUGGUGAUGAUGAUGAUGUGAUGAUGAUGAUGAUGGUGAUGAUGAUGAUGGUGAUGAUGAUGAUGAUGAUGAUGAUGAUGAUGAUGAUGAUGAUGAUGAUGAUGAUGAUGGGACAGACCGGGCUCUCUGAAU